UUUAAAUUUAUUUUAGGGGAUAUAUAUGAACAUGCUGUUGUUUUGAGUGUAAAGACUGAGGACCAAGAUGCUUUUGAGAGGGAUUUCUUUCAACUGAAGCCUUUUUAUACUGACACAUGCGGUCUUAUUCCACCGUCACCCCAGGAAUACCCUAUCUUGGGUCUUAAUCUCUUAAGGCUCCUUGCACAAAACCGAAUAGCAGAAUUUCACACCGAGUUAGAACUCCUUUCCCCCACUGCAUUGGAGAAUCCUUGCAUCAAACAUGCUGUUGAGCUCGAGCAGUCUUUCAUGGAGGGUGCUUAUAAUCGCGUUUUGAGUGCGAGGAAGUCUGUCCCUCAUGAAUCGUAUGUAUAUUUCAUGGAUCUCCUUGCAAAAACUGUCAGGGAUGAGAUUGCAGGCUGCAGCGAGAAAGCUUAUGAUUCAUUGUCUGUCGCUGAUGCAAAGAAAAUCCUCAUGUAUACAUCUGAUCAGGAGCUUCAAGAUUACAUCUCUGAGGAACACCCGGAAUGGGAGAUCAAGAAUGGAUUCCUAUUCUUUCAGAAGGCCAAAGAAUUACAACCACACAAGGAGAUACCUUCCUUACAAUUAAUCAAUCAAACUUUAAGCUAUGCAAGGGAGUUGGAGCGGAUUGUCUAGAGUUCCAGAAUGUUCCAGAAAUCAUGAACCCUUAGGUUUCACCUUCUGAACCAUUACUAGAUUAUAUAAACAUUUAUAUUUAAGGUUUUUGAAUUGUUAUGAUUCUAAAUUGCAUGAAGUUGUCUUAUGUUGAGCAAAAUUUUGUUUUUUUCAUUACAUUCAACACCUAAAAUGUUUUUAUUUAACUAUU